AUGAAGAUAUCGGCAUCGUCUCUGCUUUUCUUUGUUCCUACAGCCCUUGCCCGUUUAUAUGUAUCGGAGGGAGUCCAGGUCCUCCAGGAUACAGGCUGCCACUGUCGUCCUGCGCAGUCGAUCGAAUUGUAUCGUCCUAAAUGCGCGAAUGCCAGUGCGGCAGACCAUUCCUUCUCAUAUUCGGCGAACAGUGAUCUCCCUCCCGAUACAUUCAUCGUGGUUGGAGUGAACAGCACCUGGGAGUUCCUGAACUACAUCGGCUGUCCAGGGGUCUCGGUCAAGCGGCUCUUGCUUUCAGAUUCAAUCGAUGAGGACAUCAUCAAGAACUUCGGGGACUACCGCCAAGUGUCCAACCACAGCGACCCGUACGAGAUCGAAAUGGUGCGUCACCACAACCGAUUACUGGACAUCAAGUGGGAAGACGCAUACCAAGAUUACGUUGUCGCGAUUAUGUCCAUUCUGGAACACAUCGCUCCUACGCUGGAGGCUCUCUCCUGGGUAUCUUACAACCCCAAGUCGGCACCGAAGGGAAGAGACAACGGUGUUCCCGUUCCCUCGCGAGAUUUGGUCCAUUGGUCAACUGACGGGGACUUCGAUUUCGGUGCACACACCGGCAUUGGACGAGUACCGUAUUCCCCACUUUUGCGGAAAUUUCCCCUCUUGACAGAGCUUACCUUGCGAUCACCCAGCGCCCAUCACAGAAGCCCUCUCAGUGCAGACACAACCCUUACUUUCAACAUUUCUGACUGGGCUUUACCCUCCCUCACACAUCUCCACCUCGCCUCGUACAUCCCAUAUAGCGUCAUGCACAGACUCACUGUAACUCAGACGUCCAGGUUUUGGAGGAUCCCCUCGAACGUCGCAUACAUCCGGCUUACAGGAAGUCGUGCGCUUGACUCGUGCGCGCCAUGGACUAGAGUCGAGGAGAAAAUAUGGGAUAGACCAGGGGCAUGGGAGCGAGUGAUGCGCGUCUUUCGCGGAGCUUCUACGUUGACCAUCAGACCUCCGGAACUACUGCCGAACCUUACGAUCAUCGUACAGCCAGGGUUUCCGCCGUCUAAUGACACUGAUCCCUACGAUCGAUACCCUUUCGGCUCCAUCGAAGAGUUCUCCGACAACAAGGAGAGGUGCAGUCUUGCACCUUAUGACAGGCAGCUCAACAGGACGCUCUCAAACCCCCGUGUCCAUGUCAAACUUCCGGAGAAGGCGGCCUUGGAGAGAUACGGCGCUUCAUCUGGAGUCUAUUCGUUAAAGGAGGCGAUUGAAGAAUUCUCGAGUCGAAGUCGCGGGGAAGAUGCUGGGUGGUCUAUCCCAAAACCAGUGACAGAAGAGGGAUUCUGGUGGUGGAAAGACGGAAAACCUCCUCUCAGGUGCUUUGACGGCGUUGUAGGUCGCGAAGUAUUGGUAGAUUGA